AUGGUAAACCAAACUAUUGUGACUGAAUUCUUCCUUCAAGGAUUUUCUAAUAGUCGAGAGCUACAGAUUCUGCACUUUGCUGUCUUCCUCUCUCUUUAUUUAGCAACCUUGAUGGGAAACUUCCUCAUCAUCAUAACGAUAGCCCAGGACAAUAAUCUUAAUGCCCCCAUGUAUUUUUUCCUGGCUAUUCUAUCCUCCAUAGAUGUCUGCUACAUUUCUAUCACUGUUCCGAACUCCAUGGCCAGUUCGCUGAUGAAUGACAAUCAGAUUUCAUACUCUGGAUGCAUUGCUCAAGUUUUCUUGGUUGUCACAUGUGCAACGGCAGAACUGUCCCUGCUCACCAUCAUGGCUUAUGAUCGCUAUGUAGCCAUCUGCCAUCCUCUGCAAUACACGCUGAUCAUGAACUGGAAUGUCUGCCUCCAAAUUACAGCUGCAUCCUUUAUAUGCAGUGUCAUCAAUGCAGUGGUGCACACUGUAAAUACUUUUCAGUUACAUUUCUGCCAGUCAAACAUAAUUGAGCAAUAUUUCUGCGAUAUCCCCCGGUUAUUAAGGAUAUCUUGCACAGACACAGAGGCCAAUGAACUGCUCAUGGUUGCCACUGCAGUGUGUGUGGGAUCAUUUUGUUUUUUAUUUGUAUUUGUUUCCUAUGGUUACAUCUUCUCUGCAGUAUUCAAGAUUCAGUCAGAUCGUGGCCGUUACAAAGUGUUCUCCACCUGCAUCCCUCACUUGACUGUGUUUUGCUUGUUUGUUUUUACUCUUAUGUUUUCUUACAUGAGACCAAAAGCCUUGUCUUUUCCAUCAGUAGACUUGGUAGCUGCUGUUCUGUAUAUAAUUUUACCACCACUUCUGAAUCCCAUCAUUUAUAGUCUGAGAAACCAAGAAAUCCAAAGGGCUUUAUGGAAAAUGGCCAAGACAAGGUUUGGCUUUCACAUGGUGACCUGA